AUGUCAGCCUUGCUGGUGCUGUGGCUUGGAACAGCAAUCACUCUUUGCACACUUCAUGAUGAACUCCUCAUCAAGUGGUGGCUGUAUCCCCAUUGGGGUGUAUGGUACCGCUACCGUGGCCCGGGUGCCAAUCCCCCCCUACUCAAUGCGCUUCUGGCUCGGCUGAGCCCGCGGAACUCGACAGUCUUAGACCCGCUUUUCAUCACCUACCUCGUAUGGUUUAUCGACCUAUAUCCAGCGACUGCUCUUGAUACUCCUGUUCGUACCCAGUGCGCUACUAUCUGCAAUGGGUGUGCGUUUCCCUGA